AUGACACAAAUCAUCUGGUUGAGCUUUCUGCUUUGUACUGUUUUGGCUGAGAAUGAAACUAUCUCUUUACUAAAUCUCGACAUCGAUGACAUUACAUGGGAUGACUGUAGCAAUGGGUACUUCUCAACUAGUUUCAACAUCCUUGAUAAUAGCAAUUUGGAGUCGAUUCUAGGUUCAAGCAUUGAUGCUCAUAAAAGAGAACCAGAAAAUACUGGUAGAGAAUUACCAGGAACAUCUGCUAGGAAUUUGGAGAUUAGCAUUUCAUCUGAUUUUUCGCACUUCGAUUUCACUGAUUUGUGGAAAAGUGAGCAUAGAAGCAAUGAGGAUUCGAAAAUCGAAACCGUUCCAAUCACAACAGGAAAUUCUCAGUUGCAAGAAUUGCCGAGAACAGAUGGUGAGAAUAUGCAUAGUAGCAUUUCGGCAAACACUGAGAAGUCCGAAAUAAAAACUGAUCUCGUUACUGCAAAAAACAUGGAGUUAUUUGUUUUGCAAAAUCCUACCAUUACAGAUAAGAAAAAUUAUGAGUGUCCCCAUGUCGGAUGUACUAUGAAAACAAAAAGUCGCAAUGAAUACAUAGCUCACAGGAGAACGCAUCCCAAACCUUUUAUUUAUGAAUGCAAAGUGCCCGGUUGUGGACAAACAUUCACUCAUCAGUCAACACUCGUCAAUCACCAGAAAACACACGGGCCUAAACUUAAGUGCGAAAAUUGUGGCAAAAACUUCAACUCGAAGUAUAGACUAAACGCUCACGGGAAACGCUGUGCGAAUGUUCCAUAUGAUAAAAAUUAUGAAUGUCACCAUGUCGGGUGUACUAUGAAAACGAAGAGCCACAAUGAAUACAUUGAUCACAAGAAAACACAUCCCGAACCUUUUAUUUAUGAAUGCAAAGUGUCCGGUUGUGGGCGAACAUUCAAUCACCCAUCAACAUUCUACAGUCAUGACAAAACACAUGGGACUAAACUUCAGUGCGGGAACUGUGGCAAAAUUUUCAACUCUAAAAAUAAUUUGAGGUCUCACAAGAAGCGUUGUACGAAAGCUCUACAUGAUAAAAAUUAUGAAUGUCACCAUGUCGGGUGUACGAUGAAAACGAAGAGUUACAGUAAAUAUAUAGCUCACAGGAAAACGCACCCCAAACCUUUUGUUUAUGAGUGCAAAGUGUUCGGUUGUGGAGGAACAUUCAAUAAUCCAUCAACAUUCUACAGUCAUCAGGAAACACACGGGCCUAAACUUCAGUGCGGAAACUGUGGCAAAAUUUUCAACUCUAAAAAUAAUUUGAGGUCUCACAAGAAGCAUUGUACGAAAGCUCCACGUUAG